AUGAUUGAAAAAAUGAAAAAUAUGAAAGCGAAUGCACUGAAAUUAUUUCGAACGGCUAUUGAUGCUGUUGAUCCAUAUACAUGUGUUAAACAUUAUCUUGUUUUUAAUAAUAAUUCCUCACAUAAUGGAAAAGCAGAAUUACAUGUUGGAAAUAAUCAUAUCACACUUGACCAUAAUCUUUAUGUUGCAGCAUUUGGAAAAGCAGCUAUAGGCAUGUGCCGAGCUAUAGAUGAACUUUGUCAUGAACAUAUUAUCAAAGGUAUUGCUAGUGUUCCUGUUGGUGCAAUUGAACAAGCUCAAAGGAAAGAUUCAUAUAUAUACAUAUAUAUAUAUGUUGAUCGUGCUGAACAUAAUUUGCCCGAUCAAGCAGCAAUGAAUACUGCUCAACGUAUUCAAACAAUGAUUUCAGAUACAAUGUGUGCUGAUGAUAUUUUCUUAGUACUCAUUUCAGGUAAUAUAUUAUAG